AUGAAGAAACAGUUUAUGAGAAUAUAUUCAUAUAUCAACGUAGAUUUGAAUAAAAUAUCAUCGAUAGCAAGCUUACUAUGUUUAAUUGACUGUGUUUUAAUACCCGUCCUUACAAUUUUAUUGUCAUUUUUUAGUCUUGUAAAGCAUUAUUUUUUUAACAGUAAUAGUAUUAGCACCUUAAAUACCGAAAAUGCUAUCCAUGGAAAUGUUUCCAUAGAUCAUCAUGGUCAUGAUUCAUGGCAUAUAUUUAUGGAAAAGGUAGCAUUAUUUUUUAUGAUGCCAAUAAUUACCUUAACCACAAUUAUCAAUUUUUACAAAUUAAGAAAUGUUCCUUUGCUUAUGUCUGCCUUAACUGGAAUGACAUUAUUUAUAAUAUCGCAUGCACAUAUUGAAUUUAGCAACGAUAAUAUAAAUGAUAUUAUUGAAACCCUCCAUAUUCCUUUGGCAUUGUUAGGAGCUACUUUUUUAUUAAGUACAAACUAUGCGUCCCACAAGCUUUUAAAAGAAAAAAAUUUAGAUCAUUGUUGUAAAUAUGACCAUAUAAAAAACUAUCACAAUAAUAAUCAUCACCAUCAUAAUCACCAUCAUCAUAAUCACCAUCAUCAUAAUCACCAUCAUCAUGCUGCUAAUAACAAUCGUAGCGAUUUGACAGGUGAUAAAGAUGAAUUUGACAACUUUGAAAAACCAUCAGAUGAGAACACCGACUUAUUAUCUUAUUUAUAG